UUCACUUCACAUUAUGCUGUUUCGUCUUCUCAGUCUCUCUUAUUUCUUUCUCUCCCCCACAUCGGGCACAACAUGAUGCAUGCGUGAUGUGGUUACUUGAAGGGUUGGAUGUCCAGACUGGAUGAACAUGGCAAGUGGAAGAAACACUGGUUUGUUCUGGGUGACACUUCUCUGAGGUUCUACAGAGACUCGGAGGCUGAGGAGUCAGAUGAUCUGGACGGAGAGAUCAACCUGACAUCCUGUGUGCAUGUGUCAGACUGUGACAUAGAGAAGAGCUAUGGACUCCAAAUACAAACAAAGAGGGCAGUGUUCACUCUCUCUGCUAUGACCUCCAGAAUACGGCGGAUGUGGGUGAAGUUACUAAAGCAGGCGAUCCAGAAUAACACGCACCAAUCAGACACCGGCAGCGAGAAAGAGAACUCCCUCUCCCGGAGACCGUCGUCAUGCCAACCACUCGCUCGGUUCACCAGCAAAGACUCUGGCUAUGAACCUACCACUUCCACCUCCACCACCACCACAGCUGCAAACUCCCAUCAGGCCGACCGCCACCACCAAACUGUAGAGGGGCAUCCGGACGCUGACAUAUCUCCAGCCAGUCAGAGAGGAGAAGGGGAGGGCUGGGACCGCGAGCAAGCGAAGCGAUUAGAGGAGCGGAACAAGUGGUUUGAGGAGGGAGUGCCCUUCAGUGAGAUGGGCAGCAGGUGGGACUCCAUGGAGCUGAAAAAGGGGAGUGUACCUGUGCCUGUCAUCGAAACCAUGGACUCAGUGGUCAACAGGAAGUGGGCAGAGUUCGAAACGCUGUCAUUCGGGGACAUGAGUGCGCAGUCUCUCAUUGGUGCCCAGGCAGAUCAGUCAAGCACCCCACAGGCAUCACAGUCACUAGUUAGCUCCCAGACUUAUCAGUCGAGCCGUGAGGAUGCUGAACACUCUGUCAAUGGUUCACAAGCUGAUUUAACAAGCUCAAAGGGGGCUCCUCCAUCUAUAAAUGAUGCACAAACUAUUCAAACAAAUACAGCCGAAGCCCUUCAAAAGGAGGCCCACUCUCUUCGAAAGCAAGUGGAGAGCAUUAAGAGAGAGCGUGCAGCCAUGGGCUUUGAGUUGGACAGCCCAUGUGGCCCUGGGGCCCCCUGUAGGGCCAGACUAGAGGCCAUGGAAGUAGCCCAUCGGAAAGCACUGCAGGAGCUGCAAGAGAAACACGAGAGGGAGAUCAGGCAGCUGGAGGAGCAGAGAGACAAGAUGCUGCAGGAGGAGAGCCAGGCAGCUGCUAAUGCUAUGGAGGCGCUGAGAGCAGCUCACAGAGAGGAGGUGCAGAGAGAGGUGGAGAAGGCCAGGAGGUUGUCUGGAGGCGCUGCACACGUGGAUACUUCAUACAGAGGGCACAUGCCCCAGGCGGACGUCUUGCACAGUGAGUUAGAUGUGCUGUCAGAACGCUACUCUCAGAGGUGCCUGGAGCUGAGCCGCACCGAGCAGAGCAGCAAGAGCCGGGAGACGGAGCUCGGCCACAAGGAGAGAGAGCUGGAGCUGCUCCGAAGAGAGAACCAGGAGCUUAAGGCCAAACUGGCGGAAGAGAUCAGCCGCAUGCGUUAUUUCAUCACAGGGCAGAGGUCGGACAUGGUGUCUCCUGGCAGGGCCGAGCACACUGCGUCAGAAGUAGAGAUACUGCUAAGAGCAAAAGACAAUGAGCUGCAGUAUCUUAAAAAAGAAAUAAUCUGUCUGCAGAGAGAAGUACAGUCUCUCAACAAGGAGAAAGAAGCAGCUUAUGACCGUUACAAGGAGGCAUAUGUAGAGCUGAGUGACAUGAAGGGUCGUAGCCAGCUGGAGAUGGGCUCCCUCAACGAACACUUGAGACUGGCCAACGCUGCACUUCAGGAGGGAGCAAGACAGACCUGACUAAUGAGGAUAACCAUUUUAAAUUUACAUGGAAAAUCAAAGACAGCAAGCCAAUAUAAAAUAUAACAAAAUAUAACAACAACAUCAUUAUACUACAAUAAUAU